AUGCUUGAAAAUUCAGAUAACACUUUAACUGGCAUCAACGCAAAACUAGGUCACUCAAGAACUCGACGCAAUCUUGCCUUUCAGAUUCUUGAUGUGGAGAUGAAAGGUGGAAGCCACGAAAAUGACUCUCAUUCCCCUCUCACACCAGAUCAAUUAAUGACUUCUCUGCAUCUUCUCCGUCUUGACAGGCUGAUUGGCUGA